CUUUACAUUAGUUGAAUCGCGAUCCCGACAUUACAUAAAAUGUCAACAAAAAGUUUAUCCAAGUUACUUAGGAGGAAUUUUGCGGCAAUAAGUCGUCAUGGAAUACGCUUGAGUUCAACUCAAGCUCAAAAAAAGAAUAAAAAUGAAUGCUCAGGCGGCAUAUUCUCAGAGGAACAUCAACAGCUGCGGGACUCGUUGAGAAAAAUCAUUGACAAAGAGAUAAAUCCACAUGUUGAUCAGUGGGAACAAGAAGGACAGUUUCCUGCUAAGAAAGUAUUCAAAACUCUGGGAAAUGCAGGUCUUCUUGGAGUUACAAAACCCACAGAAUAUGGUGGCUUGGGACUGGAUUACACCUACAGUAUUGCUUUAGCAGAAGAGCUGGGUAAUAUUAACUGUGGAGGCGUUCCCAUGGCAAUAGGAGUUCAAACAGACAUGUCAACACCUGCACUGGCAAAGUUUGGCAGUGAUAAGAUGAAGAGAGAGUUCCUGGCUCCUUCCAUAGCUGGUGAUGUUGUGUCCUGUAUUGGGGUCAGUGAGGUCGGGGGAGGAUCUGAUGUUGCCAGUGUAAAAACCACAGCAGUGAAGAGUGGUGGAGAUUACAUCAUCAAUGGUGGGAAGAUGUGGAUAACCAAUGGAGCCCAGGCGGAUUGGAUGUGUCUCCUUGCCAACACCAGUGAGGGGCCGGCACACAGGAAUAAAUCGCUCAUCUGUCUUCCCAUGAACUUACCAGGUAGAGAUUUCCGGCUGUUGUCCAUUGGAGGGGGAGCUGAUGAGGUCAUGCUGUCAAUCAUAUGUAAAUACAUGAACACCCUGCCACUACCACCAAGCAAACAGAAGUGAAAAUGGCUGAUGAAGUCCAAUAUCGAAAAUUUAA